AGAUGAUGUUGGUAAAAGUUCGAGAAAAUUCCCACGGACGCACACGGCGGAAAGCGCAUACAGAACAUCAUCACUUUUCGAUUUCACUCAUUACCUCACUCCUCGAACGACCAAUAGACAAGCCGAUUAAAUAAGGUAGUAAUCAAUGGACUGGACGUGUAAUAGGAUCGCUGUAAACGUUCAUCGCUCAGCGCUCAGCGUUCAGCGUUCAGCGCUCAUCGCUCCUUCCUCUGUCCUUAGCUUUGCCCACCACCCACCAAUGCCACCUUCCAACCACUCACUCCCUCAGAGGUUACGAGGCCUGCACAAUCUCCACCACCGCACAUCACACAUCACGCAUCAAGCAUCACGCAUCACACACCACACACCGCGCAUCACCCAUCACCCACAUCACGCAUGUCACACAACCACUCUACCCUCACAUCACUCACCCAAAUUACCCUACUACACUUCACGACUACUUCUCUACACUACCGAUCUACUGUAUUUACCUAACCACACAGUAUCGUGUCCUCGAUCUCAGCCUCCGUGGGCUUUCUCCCCUCAAGUUAGCUUAUUCCAAAAAAACCAUUCAUCGCUUAGUAGCCAGAAUGUUCGACCUCACUAGGCCAGUCAGACCGUCAGACGUAUACCUACCUAGGAGGAACUCACUCACUCAACGAGCUGGCUCUCCCGCUUUCACGUUUCACGCCUCACGCGGCACGCCUCGAAUAACACCCCUGCCUGACUCGUUCGCCGCUCCCAA